CCCACAACCCCCUCAACCUAUCUCAUGGAGUGGGCAUCAUCACCAGAAGGCCGUUCUGCCCUCGCCGACGCCGAACGCCUUCGAAAGAAACUCAACUCCCUGUUCUUCUACCCGCCCACGUUUACGAAAGGAACCACGAAACAGCAGGAUGAGGACGCCAAGAAUGCAGAGCUCGAACACUACGCUAAGCUCUCGUGCCGAGCCUUGUGCGAACAGAUGUGGGCCACGUUGCCCCGAGAACUUCGGGACGCCGUGUACGAGGACAUUGUUGGUCCAUCAUUGAUCCACAAGCCGGCCUUUUGGAGGCGUAAAAUGCGUACGCUAGGUCGUGAUGCACAUUGGUGGAACGGCGAGUAUGUUGGCAAUGAAGUGCUUCGGGAACUUGCCGAGACCUGGUAUCGCACACAGCGGUUCCGCUUCUCAUUACCGGAGGCCAUUCCGAAGUACCUGGAUACAGACGAAUUCGGACUCGGAAUCGAUCCCACAGAAUUCAUCGCACACGUCGAGCUUGUUCGUGUUCAAAAAGGGGGUUUUCAGCUGCGCCGCUCAAAAUUACGACGACAGCCCGAGUGUUUCGCCACGCUCAAGCGCGAUGAGAGACUCGCAGGCAUCAAGUGCUUAGAGCGUCUCAAACGUCGGGCCGAUAUCCAUAUCCGCAUGAACCUUGAGCGAUUUCUGGAAAAGAAGAAUCCGAUUGCUGACUCGAUCGAGGAGUUUACGCCACUGUUUCCGGUGCUGCGUCUGCUUCAAGAUGCCGGCUGUAAAGUCUAUGCUCACUUCCACGCGGAAUGGUCUUGGAGCGUGCGGUGUCUUUGUGUAGGGCCGUUUGUCGAAGCAUGGACGAAACGGAUUCCGGGAGGGCAAUAUACGAAGGUCAAUUAA